AUGUCAUUUUACGACGAAUCUUUCUUCAACACACAACUCUCCAAACGAACCUCAAUCUUCGGUCUCCACCUCUGGGUCAUCAUCGGAAUCCUCGUCGGUUCCUUCAUCGUCAUUACUCUCUUCCUCAUCUCCCUCUGUCUCACCUCACGCCGCCGCAAAAACCACCACCACCACCAAUCUACCACCAAGCUCAACACGCUCACUCCUAUCGUCUCCAAGGAAAUUCAAGAGAUCAAACGCACACCCCCGAAACCCGAGAUCCAAGCCAUUGACCAUGUGAAACUCGAAAUUCACCGCCAUGUGUCAACCAGUGGAGAGAGCAGAGGAACUUCUAGUAGUGUCUGUGAAACGACGUCGUCGCGUGGAAGUAUGGGGCCGGAAGUUUCGCAUCUUGGAUGGGGGAGAUGGUUUACGCUUAGAGAACUUGAAGCUGCUACUAAUGGUUUGUGUGAAGAGAAUGUUAUUGGUGAAGGUGGUUAUGGAAUUGUUUACAAAGGUGUUCUUCCUGACGGUACCAGAAUCGCUGUUAAGAAUCUUCUGAAUAACAAAGGCCAAGCUGAGAGAGAGUUUAAAGUCGAGGUAGAAAUAAUCGGGCGCGUGCGGCACAAGAAUCUUGUUAGGUUGCUUGGAUACUGUGUUGAGGGAGCACACAGGAUGCUUGUGUAUGAGUAUGUUGAUAAUGGCAAUCUAGAGGAAUGGCUGCACGGGGAUGUUGGACCUGUGAGUCCUAUGACUUGGGAUAUCCGGAUGAACAUUUUAUUGGGCACAGCAAAAGGAUUGGCUUAUCUUCAUGAGGGUCUUGAACCGAAAGUUGUUCACCGAGAUGUGAAGUCAAGCAACAUACUCAUAGAUCGCCAAUGGAAUGCCAAGGUUUCUGAUUUCGGUCUUGCUAAGCUUCUGGAUUCUGACCACAGUUUUGUCACGACUCGAGUCAUGGGGACUUUUGGUUAUGUUGCGCCCGAGUACGCUUGCACUGGAUUGCUCAAUGAGAGGAGUGACGUGUAUAGCUUUGGGAUACUCAUCAUGGAAAUAAUCAGCGGGAGAAAUCCCGUUGAUUAUAGCAGACCAAAAGGAGAGGUUAAUUUAAUUGAAUGGUUAAAAGAUAUGGUUGGCAGUCGAAGAUCCGAGGAAGUCGUUGAUCCUAAGCUUUCUGAGAAGCCGUCUUUAAAGGCUCUUAAACGCGCUUUGUUGAUUGCUCUUCGAUGUGUUGAUCCUGAUUCCUCAAAGAGGCCCAAAAUGGGACAUGUGAUCCACAUGCUUGAAGCUGACGAUGUCUUAUUUCGCGAGGAUCGAAGGAACGCCGGAGAAUCAUCUCAUUCCCAUCGUAAUUAUCAACGAAAUCACAAUGGUUCGAGUGUAGAUAAAAAUCGGAUAGGAGGUGAGAUCACUGAUCAAAGUGAAGAUGAUAGUAGUACAAGUCACCAUGAGCCUACUAGGUGGAGAAGAUGA